AUGAGCCUCCAGUCCCCUCUGAAUCCCCAAACAGGAUCAAACAGAAGGAGAAGGACUGCACCGAUUCCCCCUUCCAACGAUGUAAUCGACGUUGACAAUUUCGUCUUCACCCCAGUCACUCACAAGGGCACAGACAAGACCACACCCAUCUCCGUCGAACACUACGCCCUAGACAGGGACCUCCAGCUCGCAAUCGCCGCCUCCCUCGCUGUCCCGCUACCUCAUCUCAUCAACCUAUCCUCCGACGACGACGACGACGUCAGCAUCCUCGCUGCAAAACCCGAAAAUACCCCUUUCGGGAAACGAAGAAAGAGGGACAACAAUGAGAACGAGAAAGGCGAGUCCUCCAACAGCGCCCCACCAUUCAUCUGCGAAAUCUGCACUGAAACAAAGUCAUUAGUGGAGUCUUUCUGCGUCACCGGUUGCCACCACUCUUACUGCAACGACUGUGUGAUACUGUAUGUUGGGUCGAAGCUUCAGGAGAAUGUGAUUAACAUUCGGUGUCCGGUGCCAGGAUGCAAGGGGCUUUUAGAGCUGGAAGAUUGUCGUGAGAUUCUCCCGAAGGAGGUUUUCGAUCGAUGGGGGAUGGCCAUGUGUGAGGCUGUGGUUGUUGAGGGUGAGAGAUUCUAUUGCCCUUUCAAGGACUGCUCAGCGCUUAUGAUCAACGACGGCGGAGAGUUGGUGAGGCAAUCAGAGUGCCCUAACUGUCGGAGGCUGUUCUGUGCCCAGUGCAAGGUUGCUUGGCAUGAUGGGAUUGGCUGCGACGAGUUUCAGACCCUGAAUAAGGAUGAGAGGGAGAAGGAGGAUAUUAUGCUGAUGAAUCUGGCUAAAACCAAGAAGUGGAAGAGGUGCCCCACGUGCAAGUAUUAUGUUGAGAAAUCUGAGGGCUGCAUGUACAUGAAAUGCAGAUGUGGAUAUGCCUUCUGUUACAGCUGUGGAGCUCUUUCCAACAAAAAUACCCACUAUUGCAGCAGCUGCAAGCGUUAAGUGCAUAGUUCUUAGAGCUAAGAAUUACUGCAGACCACCAAAACCCUUAACUAGUGGUUCAUCCUUUAACUACUUGUAUAGAUGUUAAUGCCUAUGGAUUUUUGUUAGUUUAUUUGCUCAAAUCAUAAUAUUUAAGAAAGGCUUGAAUAUAGUUUAUCCCAUAAUUCCGUUUUAUCUAAUACUGAAUUUGGAACUUAUAUGUUUGUUAAU